UUUUUCGCGAUGGAGAGACUCCUCUCCUCUUAAUUUUAAGAGUUUGUUGUUUUGCGAGACAACGAUCUCCAGCCUUGACAAGUCAUGUGAGUGAGUGUGAGUCCUACGUAUCAACCUUCUCUCGGCUCGCGAAAAGGCUUGCCGAGCGUGUAGGGAGUGUCUGACUCCCCUCGUCAUCUCUCUAUCCCUUUCGAGCCGUCAAAUCUGUACUCACUGCAAAUCACAUUUGCCUUCCUCUUAUAGACCGUCGAGAAAGCGCGCACCUCUUCCCCGCCCCCGUCUUGUCGCUUCUGCUCGCACUGAGCACCCGCGCUCUCGUCACGGGCUCGCGAGCGUCAGAGCCGUCUCGAGAAAGAAGCCAUGCCAGGCACGGACGCCGACGCGGCGGUGCCGCCGGCCCCGUGCGACUUCUGCACCGGCCUGCCGGCCGUGGUGUACUGCCGGGCCGACUCCGCCAGGCUCUGCCUGCCGUGCGACCGCCACGUCCACGGCGCCAACACGGUCUCCACUCGCCACGCCCGCGCACCGCUCUGCGCCGCGUGCUGCGCCGCCGCGGCCACGUUCCGCCGCCGCGCGGGGCGCUGCUUCCUCUGCGCCGACUGCGACUUCGACCAGCACCACCGGGACGGCGAGCCGCAGCCGCUCCAUGACCGUGGCGUGGUGGAGACGUACACCGGGUGCCCCUCAAUCGCUGAGCUCGCCGUGAUCCUCGGCGUAGGUGGGUGCGAGAAGGCGGUGGGCGAUGGGUGGUGGCCCGCCUGUGAGGAGCCCCAGGUGCUCUGUCUGGAGGACGUGAUCGUGCCCACUUCUUGCCAUGGCCUCCAGCCUCUCCUCACGCCAUCGUCUCCAAAGAACCGGAGCUCCGGCGGAAAGCUGAACGAAGAAGUCAUCCGGCAACUCGGGGAGCUUGCCAAGUCAGAGGCGGCGGCUCCUCACACGGAGGCAGAGCCACCCGACGGUGAGCAGCUGCCUUCAUGGGCGUCACCAGAGUAUGCCAUUGGGCAUGGCGAUUUCGGGGCUUUCGACACCGACGCUUGCCAUGAGGCAGCAAGCAUGGCUGUGCCUUCUUGUGAGGAAGCAUUGAUCGCAACCGACUGCACCGACGAGCCUACCGACGCGUGCAAGGAGGAAGCGCACAAGCAGGCUCCGGCGCCGGGGAGCUCGACGACCGAGCCAUCCCUGUUCUCGUUCGUGGAGAUAUCGGAGAUCUGCCCCAGCAUCAGCCACAGCCACGGCAGCACCGUCGACGUGGACAACAACGGCAAGCGAGCCCCAGCAACCCCGCAGGCCCUGCCCGCGCAACCGAAGACGCCGAAGGGCGGCUACGACGUCGCCUACCCCGACCGCGGCACCGUGAUCUCGCGCUACAAGGAGAAGAGGAAGAACAGAAGAUUCGACAAGCAGAUCCGGUACGAGUCGCGCAAGGCCAGCGCCGAUGGUAGGUUGCGGAUCAAGGGGCGCUUCGCCAAGUCGAGCUGCAUCUGAUCGAUGGAUGGACUAGGGUGGGCACGGAGGAGGAGGAGGGAGAGGGACCGUACGUGCAUGUCACCGUGCCUCCACAGGCCACCUCUCUAUUCAUGAAUAGGAUGUCGACAGCAUGCAGUGCAUUAUUCGUACUUUUGUCUGCGUUACAACAGCUCACGCGUGUUGUUGCCGCCACUCAUGGCGUUUCGUUGUGCAACAGUAAUAAGUGGUAGUUAGCUGCUCUACGUUGAGUAUUUUGUAGAGCUGAUCCCUAUCCAACC